UUAUUGUGUAUACUGCCUGCAUUCGUUUCUGCUUACAAGGCUUCUUUCGGCUCCUAUGAAUAUGAGGGUUUGUCAUUUACGUACAAGGGAAUAUAUAUGUUCGAUAAAAAGGAUGUAUUUACUCUCUCUGCAAACGGACCUUCAAAAAUCAUUUUUAAUUACACAGCCGUGAAUCUGAAGCCUAAUUCGGAGGCUCAAGGAGAAAUGGACGUUGCGAUUGUGUCCGAUUCUGUGUUUGAAAAGAUUGGAUACAAGGACGAAAAUGGAAAGACUGUGCUGUGUUGUGACAGUCAAGCCGUUGAGAAAGGAUACUGCAUGAACCAGGGUCAUAUCCUUCUUCCUGCCAACGCAGAGUCGGAAUACGUCAGUCAAUCCCUUUCUUUGAAGAAAAACAAAAACACCGGAAUUCUCUCGUAUGACGUGCAGAAGACAGGCAUUUACUACGUCCUCGCAAUCUCAUGCGACUACCGUGCGGGUCUGAUCCGUUUUUCGGGAGAGUACGAAGCAGUGAACCCGUACGGCCAACUGCCCGCCCCGCAGCACGGCCUGCUUCCGUUCACCUUCCUUCUCUUCGCGUGCUUCCUUCUGCUCCUUGUGUGGUGGGUGUAUCUCUCGCUGAAGCACUCCAACGACGUGAUGUCGGUGCACGUCAUCAUCCUGCUGGUGCUGAUCUUCUUCGUGCUGGACCUGGGCGCGCGCUUCAUCCACCUGGCGGCCUUCAACUUCGUGGGCCGUCCGCUGUUCAUCCUGGUGCUCAUCAGCAUCGUGCUGGACUGCAGCACGCGCACGCUGACGCGGAUUCUCACGCUGUUCACUGGGCGUGACGAAGCAGAACCUCGACGACACGCUGAUCACCUUCAAGUUCGUCGUCUUCGGCGUGGUCUACUACCUCAUCACCUUCUGCGACUCCUAUCUCACCGUCUACCCCACCACCAAUCCCACCAUCGAGGUGGCUCGCUUCGUCCUCACCUCUUCCAUCGACGCCAUCGCCUACUUCUGGAUCUUCGUCUCCCUCAUGGACACCAUGGAGGUCCUCGCCGAGCGCAAGCAGGAGAAGAAGCUGGAGAUCUUCACGCGGCUGCGCAACCUGCUGAUCGUGGCGGUGGUGCUGGCGACGCUGACGCUGAUCGGGUUUUCGAGCGUGGUUAUUUUCGAUCUCUCCGCCAAGAUCUGGAAGUAUCAGUGGCUGAUGAACCAGGGACUCUGGGAUUUGUUCUAUCUCUUGCUCAUGGUGGCCAUCAUGAUCAUGUGGCUGCCCUCCGAAAACACGUCCGCUUACGCGUCGCACAUCCAGAUCGCCACGUCCGAGCAGACCGGCGAGGAGGAGAUGCCUGUGGACUCGCUGGUGGAUAUGGAGCAGGAGGGAAGCCACAUCGUGGAAGAGGCGUCAUCUUCGAUGAAGCCCAUGCAGGUUAUGGAGAUUCAGCAAGAGUGAUUUAUUGUGUGCUCUGUUUGAGAGAAACAUGA